GGGGGCGCUAUUGGCUGCGAAAGGCGAUGGAUCAGUGUCGCGUCGCGUUUUCCUUGGAUGUGCUACGACGCGUCGAACUCUUAACCCGAGUCUCUAAGAGAGAUGCGCAACUGAUGUCAAAUCACUCUUCUACGACAAUUUAGCAUCACGGGAAAGGAGGAGGAAAGGAUAAUUUCGAAAGAAAAAUAUUCAGUUGGUCACAAUGCGUACUCGCACAACACGCACAUCGGAGUCUGCAUCAAAGCCAACUGCGACGACCGAGUUCUCUACGAAACCAAGCAAGACAUUCAUUCUACCAACCGCAGCAAGCAAUGACGCCGAUUCCAGAUUCAUUACGCUCCCUAACCCGCGAACGGGAUCCCUAAAUCGCUACCUCUUCUCCCCCAAACUCGGCCUGUACGAGUUCACAGUCGUCGCGCCUCCUCCCCGCCAACCCCCAAGAAGCAUUCUCUUCGCCCCAAGACCAACGGAUGCAGCAUCAGAAGAAGAAAACAAAAAGGGAAGUCCAGGGGCAAUUUCAAGGAGAGCAGAAUUAUGGGUCGCAACACCGGUCGAUUUCCUUUUCUUCAUGAUACCAUUAUUAGUCCCCUCAGAGCCGACGAGGAACAGUGACAAUGCCAAGGGACUGUUUCAGCCAUUGGAUGAUAUAAUUGAUUCCCAAGAUGACCUUCAUGCGCAUCUGCGGUAUGUCCUCUACGUUGAGACUUUCCGAGAUGUCUACCGGCAGCGAGUGGAGGCAGUCUGUGAUACCGUGGAGGCAGGAGACGAGAAGAUGUUCCGGUUCAACGAGAAGAAGUUGCUCCAGGAGCUAAUCCGGAAGGCUGAGCAGAUGGCUGCGCAGGGACUUCCCGCCAGCUUGGAGGAGAAAUUUGUCCGGCAGGCGCUAGUUACGCCGUUGAUGGCCGUCAAACGAGAGGAUCUCGUCACGGACAAGAAUGGCCAUGGCCAAUCUCAUUCUAAUGAGAGCGAAAAAGGAGAAUCACAGGCAGAAAAACUGGAGUCUCAAUCAAGUACGGCCACGGCUACGACUACGCCAUCUCUAUCAACACUCUCAGGACAGUCUACACCUGCAACAGAACCAUCGGUAACAGACUCUCCAGACACGGAUGAUACGAAACCAGAAUCCACCCAGACGAACAGAGGAGAAAACACAGGCGCCCCCGAACCCAUAGUCCGCCUCCUCCGCCUCUCUACCGCCCUUUCAUUCAUCAAACAAUCCUACCUCCCCCCAUCCCUAUCCAUUAGGAUCGAUGAAAUCCUCUCUUCGCCAGAAAGCCCAAUAGAUUUCACCCCCAUGAACGAGCAUCUGAAACGCGUAGCCACGCUUCGUGCGGAGGCUCUCGCAGCUCGCUCCCUGGCAGACUUCAGCCGCAAGCGUACUGCAGAGGACGAAGAAGAAGCCGAGUCCCGCGCGGACAAGAAACGGCGGAAAGAGGAAGAGGAGAAGAAGAAGAAAGCUGGGGAGUCUCGCGCGGCCCGAGAAUUAAAGAAAGUGGAUACGAGCGGGAUGAAGAAGAUGAGCGAUUUCUUUGGAAAGGCGGCAUCCAAGAAGAAGACCUAGGGUUCUUCUCUUCUCCAUCUGCUACGUCCGAGAUUUAUACUCCACAUGGUAUGGAGAGAAGGAAAAAAGGCAGCGUCCUCUGUGGGAAGAUUAGUCUCCCGGAUACGAGGCGAACGCCAGCAUCAACCCGAAUUCCUAUUUAUCGGAAGCUUCGCCUAGGUCUUCCCAUUCAAUGCAGGUCCUAUGAAGGUAUGGACGCCGCUCUGCCAAUUUCCGGAAUCCUUGAGAUACAGGUUUACCUUGGUGCCAGGGGCAGGGAAUGCCUAAAUUGGCUCUUGGAGAUGCUGCAUAACCAGCAUUUGUAACUACCCAAAAACAUUGGGAUCAUGAAAUUAAUUGGACCGCAGAAACAAGAAGUGCAG